UAUGGGAAGAGCAUUUUAUUCAUAAUAAUGAAUUAUAAAUUGCUAGGAAAUGCCAAAUUCAAAACGAAAUGGCAUUUACAUCUGGUUAUUACGAGUCAUAUUAAUCUCUCACUUGGAUUUGAUCGAGCGGCGCAACAAGUUACUCCGCAGAUUCAUUCCAAUUUUUGGUGAAGACUUCUUUUUAACGUAAUAUGCCGGAUUGAGUGUGAAAUUUAACAAUCAUAUCAAGCCAUCAUGGCUUUGAAGUGGUUUUUCAUUUUUAUUUUUAUCAGCUAUUUGAAUACAGUGUCUCUUCAACCAAAGGUUGUGUAUAAACCAACUGAGUUUCCAUACUCAAAAUGUUCUGAAAAUGGUGCGAACAGAGUGAAUUGUGAAAAGCUUAAUAUGAGUAAUGAUAGACAAGAGAAAGAGAGCAUGUGGCCACCAGGGCCAUACGCAAUACCAAUGUGUAAAUAUGGCUGUCCGGAAUCACAGUCUCGGGGAUGGUCGAAAAGCAAUUUAAAGGUCAAGAUGGUAGAAUUUAGUAAAAAUUCAGAAAGUGUCUCUACAGUGUUGGAUAGGAAUUGGGACCCCAAUUCCUCAUUCAUAAACGAUGACUAUUUUAAACCGGCGCAUCGUAAAGAAAAUUGGACGCAUCUUUAUUUUUGCGUGAAAUUCCGUAAUGACACUGCACUUGAUAAAGAACAAUGGAUUCCAGGAAACUACAGCAUUUACAAGAUCGGAUCUUCAUGUCCCACGGAAUUUGAAGAAUCCACAAGAACAUUUCCUGUCACUGAAUUUGUGUCGCAUGGUCAGGUUCCAGAUUUUGCAGUGAGUGAAAAAGGGCAAUCUGAAAUGUUGACUAAAAUCAUCCACAUUUCAAUUUGUAAAAGAAAAAAAUUGGCUGACAUGGGAUACGUUCAUACAAAUCAAACAUUUAGAUUGUUGGAGACUGAUUUCAUUCUUGAAAAGGAGGCAGAUACAAAUUGUCCCAAGUUCAACGAAGCAACGGUGUCUCAGGGAGCGACUCACUGUUUCUAUAACCCAAGAGCAAUCCAAAGUAUUGACUAUGAAACGGCAACAGAGUUGAUUCUUAAUCAACGAACCCUCUACAAACUGCAUCAAGAUAAUGAUUUUGAAUGGUAUUUCAUUGACUGUAAGCGUUCACUUGAGGUAGUUAUGAUUGACAUCAAGUCUUCACAUUUGGGAAAUACCUAUUUCAAGUGUUUUGUUAGCGAUGUUCCUGGGACAUUAGAGGACCCUUCAGCUUGUAACACAGAAACUACCACUCUUCCAGGAAAAGUAUAUCUAAGGAGAACACGAGGUCGUUUUUUUACAUUUGUAUUGAAUGAAACCAUAACAGGCGACAUGUCAUUUCAGGUUUUCAUAUCGAGUAUAGAAGCUCAAAAUGGUGAGGCAUGCUUUGAGAGUAUUGAAUUAGACGACGACGAACAGGUACCAAAAAGUCAGCUCACUGUUUCUUCUGGAACCACAAAACGAAUGCCUACAAAUACAAACACUAUUUUUACUGGUUGGAUUCAUGAUGCUACAGAUCCGACACCGUGGAUUUUGGUGGAUUUAAUUGCUGUAACAACAAUAGAAGGAGUUGGUGUUUACGUUUCCAAAGAAUGUGACAUGUGGACCACUUUCAGUUUAUAUUUCGGCAACAAUAAGGAUAAACUACAGUUAUACAAGGACAUGGAAUUUAAAAACUUCCCACCUGAAAACUUGUGGAACAUAAAUCAAGUGUUUAUUCUUCCAAAGCCAAUCCAAGGAAGAUACUUAAAACUCAAACACUCACACGAAACAAGCAAAUCUAGAUGUCUUAAUUUCAAAUUGUUCGGGUGUAAACUGACACGAAUAACUGACAUCCAUAGCGACAAAUCAUCUGAAAUGAUGCCUCUUCUUGAACAUGAAUUGCUAUCUGGAGAUUCAACUGUCUUAAAAACAAAUCUUACGAGAUGUAUCGAACUUUGCAGUAUUCAGACCAUUUGUAGAGUUGCCAGUUUUAAGGACCCGGCGAGACAGGACAACGGAAUUUGUAAUCACUACAUGAAUAGUCCGAUUGGAUUAUGGAAAAGUGAGAAUAUAACCGAUGAUAGGCAUUGUUUUGCCAAACUUCAAAACAUUCUACACACGAUAUCGUUCCCUAGAGCUAAACACAAAGACGGAUUAUUCUUUGGCCACAUACAGUAUGUAGAUACAGACUCAAUUAUAACUUCCUUAAGUUACCCCUUUAGGACAAUUGUGAACAGUGAUCUACAAUGGAUUGUAAACUUCAAACCACAUCAAUUUGCCAAAAUGGUUUUCACAAACGUCACUUUAUCAGAGGUAAACAUUUAUUGUAUGACAAAAGAUGCUUUAUAUGAUGCGUUAUGCGCUAAUCAUUUCUUUAUAAAAUAUCCGAACAUAAUAUUCGAUUUAUCAAAUUUCCGAAAUUAG